AUGAGUGAAAUAGAUCCAGUCAUUGCGAGAGAUGAAUACUAUAUUAGAGGAGGACGAUCAUUCGCAUCCCCGUUGCUAGGAGAGGAAAUAGUUAUUUCAGGCAUGGCAGCUGUUUUCCCAAACUGCAGCGACAUCUAUGAAUUCAAGAAGAAAUUGUUCAACAAGGUCAACAUGGUGGCGUCCAACAGGAAAUGGGACUUUCACUCUGAAAUUUCCUCUUGCUCCGGUACUAUUUCCGAAAUAAAUAGAUUCGAUUGUGGAUUUUUUGGUAUCCAUGAAAGGCAAUCCCACUCCUUGGACGCGAUGGCCCGAAUUUUCCAGGAAAAAGCCAUAGAAGCCAUCUUCGAUGCCGGGCUCCAUCCCACAGAGCUACAAGGUACAAAAACUGGCGUGUACGUUGGCGUCUGUUCCAGUGAGAACGACAAGGCUUGGUACUUCGACAAUUUGAAUCCCCAAACCUUUGCUGUAACAGGAUCUGAAAGGUCCAUGAUAGCACAUAGACUCAGUUAUUUCUUGAAGUUGAAGGGUCCGUCAACUAUUCUGGACACGGCUUGCAGUAGUUCUUGUUACGCGUUGGAGAACGCGUACAGAGCCAUCAGACUGGGAGAAAUCGACAACGCCAUCGUGGCAGGGACGAAUCUCUGUUUGUAUUCAAAUACUACCAUGCAAUUUUUACGAUUGGGACUAUUAAGCGACGAUGGCUUUUGCAAGGCGUUCGACUCUCAAGGAAACGGUUACGCAAGGGCAGAAGGGGUUGCAGUUGUCAUCCUUCAAAAAGCGAAGGAUGCCAAGAGGAUAUACACGCAAUUGGUUCACGUCAAAACCAACUGUGACGGUUUUAAGGAGCAAGGCAUCACUUUUCCAUCCGGUGAAUCUCAGACUGAACUGUUGAUUGAUAUGUUUGAGGAAUGUGAGGUCGACAAGUUUAGUUUGAGUUUUGUAGAAGCCCAUGGAACAGGCACAAAGGCUGGUGACCCCGAAGAAUGUACUGCACUGGACAAUGUCCUCACCAGUGGUCGAAAGAACCCGCUCCCAAUAGGGUCUGUUAAGUCCAAUAUCGGACACACGGAGCCAGCGUCUGGUCUAUGCUCGAUCAUAAAGUGUGUUCUGGCAAUGGAAACUGGAUACAUCCCACCGAAUAUUCAUUUUGACGCACCAGGGGAUGCAAUGAUGGGGUUGGUAGAAGGCAGGCUGAAAGUGGUCACAGAAAAAACUCCCUUAGAGGACAAAGAUGCCUUAAUGGGUGUUAACAACUUUGGAUUUGGUGGUGCAAAUGCUUACGUACUGUUGAAACGGAAUUCAAAAACGAAGACUAAACCUAAAGAUAAUCUGCCUAGACUAGUCUGCGUUAGUGGCAGGACAGUAGAAGCUAUUCUUGUAUUGUUAGGCCGCAUUGAGACUAGCAAAAUGGAUGUUGAGUACAUCGGACUUCUACAUGAAGUAUUCGC